CCUCGCUGAAAGGAGCCAACCCCAGGCUUCCCUUUGAAAUGGCCAAGUGCUUCGGACACAGAGGGGUUCCUUAGCUGCUCCGUGAGCGAGUGCCAGCUCCUUGCCCCUGGACGCGGAGUUUCUGCGAGCAGCUGCGGUCCAGCCAAAGCCGCUGCUGUGUAGCACCAGGCCUGGGAGUGGAGCGGAGGCUGAUGUGGGUCCUAAAGCAGGCCACUGCCCUUCCCAGGUCUACUGCAAGAAGCACUAGGACUCCGUAGAGAACAGGCGAGACUAACAGAUUGCGCAGCUGCGGCACAGACGGAAGACCCUGCCUGGGAAAAGUGAGUCAAUUCAGUGGGGGUCGGCGCUGCUGGAAUCAGGAUUGGCAGUUGACUUGAAGUCGCCCCGCCUGCUCCCAUGUCAGCUGAUGAACACCUGGACCCGAUUCCUGACAGUUUCAUCCUACAGCCUCCGGUCUUCCACCCACCUGAAUCCUGGAUGUGGAUACAAAAUGUGACCAGCUGCUUCAGGAUCCUGUUGCCAUGACUUCCUGCAUGAUGGACUGUACCCUGGAACUGUGAGGCAGAAUAAACCCUCCUUUCCCUCAGGUGGUUCCCUAUGUCACAACAAUUUUUGGUGGCCUGUAUGCCGGCAAGAUGGUUAUGCUACAGGGCGUGGUCCCUCUACAUGCACGAAGAAGGACAUCUCCAAAGCUACGCAACACCCCCACCAGGUUUCAGGUGGACUUCCAGUGUGGGUGCUGCCUGCAUCCUCGGCCGGAUAUUGCCUUCCACUUCAACCCCCGCUUCUACACUGUCAAACCCCAUGUCAUCUGCAACACCCUCCAAGGUGGACUCUGGCAAAAAGAGGUCCGGUGGCCGGGUGUCACCCUGCAGAAAGGGGCUAGCUUCCUUAUCCUGUUUCUCUUUGAGAAUGAAGAGGUGAAGGUGAGUGUAAAUGGACAGCAUUUUCUUCACUUCUGCUACCAGCUCCCACUGUCGCGUGUGGACACCCUGGGCAUAUAUGGUGACAUUUUGGUAAAGGCUGUUGGAUUCCUGAACAUCAAUCCAUUUGUGGAGGGCAGAAGAGAGUAUCCAGUUGGAUAUCCCUUCCUGCUGUAUAGUCCCAGGCUGCAGUGGGAGGAGGGGGAGCAGCUGCAGUUUCAUCUUACCCUCUUCACUCUGCAAACAGGAGGUACCCUGCUCACGCACUCUUCCUCAGGGUCUCCGUCCCGGGCAAGUCAUUGUAGUUCGAGGAUUGGUCCUACAAGAGCCGAAAGAUUUCACCCUGAGCCUGAGGAAUGGGACCACCCAUGUUCCAGUAACACUCAGAGCUUCCUUCACAGACAGAACACUGGCCUGGGUCUCCUCCUGGGGACGAAAAAAGCUGAUCUCAGCGCCCUUCCUCUUCUACCCCCAGCGAUUUUUCGAGGUACUGCUUCUAUGCCAGGAGGGAGGGCUGAAGCUGGCACUCAAUGGGCAGGGGCUGGGAGCCACCAGCCUGAACCAGAAAGCACUGGAGCAGCUACGGGAGCUCAGGAUCACUGGAAGUGUUCAUCUCUACUGUGUCCACUACUAAGGAGGGCUCCAAAGGCACCCAAUCAGAGAAGAGGAAGGGCAGCUGCAGCCAGGGCCCCACAGCACAGCCUCACUCUGCUGUCCUCCUGGGACCAGUGACCUGCCAUCACCGUGUCUGGCCUAGUUCACACCCAGGUCAUAAGCUUGAGUCUGCAAGGGCAUCAGGACCCCACAGCUAGGGAAGGCUUGACAGCCCUGUGCCUCCUCUACCAGGAGCUUGGUGUCCCUGUUUUCCUAGACUAUACUCAAGGGGGACAAUUGUAUAACUCACAAAGACACACACACACACCCCACAUUUUAACCUAUCUGUCUGAAAACAAGGGCCCAGGUCAAUAUGGUGUCUCUGCGCUUGUCUUCAGCCUCCCGACUCUGUCUUGGUCCUCAGUCCACCACUCCAUGGGGCCAUGUGGCUGGAACUCUGUCCAGGCCUGGCUACUGAGAAGGCAGAGUAUGAACCCCAGGCCUGUGAACAAUAUACUAUCUACACUUACAUUUCCAUCCACACUCGAAUUUCAUCUACAGGCGUUCAAUAGUUUGUGAAGACUUUGACCAAAGCGACAAACAGUUGCUUGCUUGAUUUGGGCCAAAGAAAAAUAGCCACACCCCAGAAAAACACACUGAUAAUGGAAGCACAUUUUAGUCACCCAACCAUAUGAACAAUAGUAAUCUUUCAUAAGAUUAUACUAUAGUCUAGAUAGGUCAGAAGCCAUCCCAUCUAUGUUUGUAUAAUAGACCCUAUGAUGUUCAUACAGUGGCAGAAUGUUCUAAUAAUGAAUUUCUCAAAAAUUUUCCCUGUCAUAAAAUGAUACAUGAUUGUAUUUAGCAGAGCAAGUAGACCAGGAGAAAAGGAAGACUGUAGAGGGUUUGACUCGACUAUUCCUGGAAAUAAAAUCUGGAUUCACCUUA